UUUCUGAACUCAUGGAUCGAUUUACACAAUCCAGACAGGAAGUCAAUGCCUGCCAAAUGUAGUCUUUUUAUAGUGAAUCUACCAUCUGCUCUCAAAAUAAAAAAACCCCCCUUAAGAAAUGGAUAAUGGAGGGUUCUCUAAGGAUUUGAUAUUGCUUCUUUGGAUUUGGGUUUUCCUUGCUAUGAUUGAUGUUUCAAAGUGCAGCCUUGGUAGACCACUUAUUAUCAAUUUCGGUGAUUCAAAUUCGGAUACCGGAGGAGUACUAGCCGGCACCGGACUUCCCAUCGGCCUUCCUCACGGCAUCACUUUUUUCCAUAGAGGCACUGGACGAUUAGGGGAUGGACGUCUCAUUAUUGACUUCUUCUGUGAACACUUGAACUUGAGUUAUUUGAGCCCAUAUUUAGACUCAUUGGCUCCAAACUUCACUAGUGGAGUGAACUUUGCUGUAUCUGGUGCAAUGACCCUGCCACAGUUUGUCCCCUUUGUUCUUGAUGUUCAAGUUCGCCAAUUCAUUCGAUUUAAAAACAGAUCAAUUGAACUCCAAAAAACAGGUACAGGAAGUUUCAUAGAUGAAAAGGGGUUCCGCAGCGCUGUAUACAUGAUCGACAUUGGACAAAAUGAUCUGUUAAUGGCAUUGUAUGCAUCAAACUUGACAUAUGAACCAGUAGCCAAACAGAUCCCUUCUUUUCUUGCAGAAAUCAAAUUAGCUAUUCAAAACAUAUACUCAUAUGGUGGCAGAAAAUUUUGGAUACACAACACCGGUCCGUUAGGAUGUGCGCCGAAGGAGCUUGCACUACAUCCUCAUAACAAGACCGAUCUUGACAGAAUCGGAUGCUUCCGCGUCCACAACGAUCUGGCGAAAGCAUUCAAUCGAGGAUUACGUAAUAUCUGUAAAGAAAUGAGAACUAUUCUAAAAGAUGCAACCAUUGUGUAUGUUGAUGUAUACUCCAUAAAGUACAAACUCUUCGCCAAGUAUAAAAAAUAUGGUUUCGAGGAUCCAUUCAUGGCCUGUUGUGGCUAUGGGGGUCCUCCAAAUAAUUACAGCCAAAAAGCAACGUGCGGCCAGCCUGGUUCCACCAUCUGCAACAAUGUGUCACGGUCUAUAGUCUGGGAUGGAGUUCAUUACACUGAAGCUUCGAACCGUGUGGUGGCGACCACUAUUUUAUCAGGCCGUUAUUCUAAGCCACAAAUGCAGCUUGAAAGCUUUGGGGAGCCUUGAUUAAUAUUUAAUACUCUGUUUCGAUCCUGUUUAAGACAAAUAAUUGGCCUCACAGGCAAAGCACAUUGACUGAUUUGUAUGAUUGGAAUCUGUAGUGGGAUGAGCUCAUCUCAAGCAUGCUGACUGAUCUUGUAAAAGAUAUAUGAGAUUCUAGUGGAAGAUGGACAGUAAUUUGGUUGUCUCUACUAAA